AGUGUUGUCGCAUUUUUCUCAUCCAAUUCUCAAAUCUGCUGUCCAGCUGCGUUAGCAAAUCCCAAUUGUGUUUACUUAUCUUUCUUUUUUUUCUAAGGUGUCCUGCACACUCAGUGUGAAGAAGGUACCGCCACAUUUCCUUAAAGCGCUUUCUCGACGCCAAUCGAGCGCCCCCCUUUUUUUUUAAGCAUCGUUAACGCCAAUUCGUCCUUCUUUCUGCGAGCGAACAUCUAACUGCUGGGGGCAAAAGCGAAUUACUUACACACGCAAACAAGAAAAGAAGAACGAACAUGAGCGCCGAGCAGCAACGACUAAAUAAGAUCCAUCGGGAGGCGGUGAUCCUCGCGGAAGCUAAGGCGGCCCUUGGCCUUUCUGCCGACCCGUCCGCUGCAUCCCGCGCUACCUCACCGACGCCCGCCUCCAACGGCGCACCCAAGCAUGCCGCCGCCGCCGCCGCGACCGCCGCUCCUGAGGACGUCAACGCAGCCCGCGAACUCUACGAGCAGUACGGCCUCUCGACAACGGCGGUGAAUGCUUAUUUGCUGCGUUAUCUGCGCUCGAAGCACCUCAGCGUCGAUGAGGCGCUCGCCAAGCUGCGACGCCGUCGUGUGUUUGAACGCACGCUGCCCACGAUUAGCAUCACCCAGACGACGGUGGCCGCCCUGCGCAGCGGCGCGUUGCACCUUCUCGGUAAUGACCUGGAGGGCCGUCCGAUCUUGUACGUGAACAUGUCCGCCUUCACUUUGCCGACACUGGAGCUGGACGAGGCGCAGCGGCUGCUGGUGAUUCUGUUGGAGUUCAUGCAGGCCCAAUGUUUGCUCAAGAACAACGAGGACGACACACAGGCGCGGCAGCAGCGUGUAGUUGCUGCUGCUGCUGCUGCUGCUGCUGCCAGUGGCAAACAGACCAUUGCUCAAAGCGUUCAAGAGGCCGAAAAAGAGGCAACGUGUCAUCUUCAGCAGUUCACGUUGCUCAUCAACGAAGAAGGUGCGCCGUGGGGGUCACAUGAGUCCUUCCUGCGGAACUCCGGGACUUUCUUCAGUAUGUUCCCUAAGUACUACCCCAUGAUGCUCGGCACCGUCCUCGUCCUUGGCGCGUCGUUCGAGAUUCGCAUGGCGAUCAAGGCGUGCGUGGGAAACAGCCCUGACGACGUGCGAGAUGCGGUGCGCAUGAUCGAACGCCCUGACCUCGCGCGCUUCAUCGACCUCCACACCAUUCCCAUUGAGCUCGGUGGGCAGAAGCAAGUGACAGGAAGCGCCAUGAACUUCUCGGAGGCGGUGCUGCGGCACUGGUUCACGUUGACAUCGCAAAUGGAGGAGGAAAACGCAUUUCCGCCUUCCUCGGCUACCUCCGUGACGGCGGCAGCAGCUGCUGGCGGAGGAGACAGAGUUGGAGCGGAGAGCGACGAGGAGCAUGAGCGACGGGCACGUUACCAGCGGCCACUCUAUGUUCCGCCGCCCCCGCUCGGCACCACGCAGCAGCUCAUCUCUCGCCAACGCCAGACCAUCGAGCUGCAGCACCUCAGCGGUGUCGUGGGCGGAGAUGCGCCGGCGGCGAAGGAGGGCCGAAACCGUACUGUGAGCCAGCAUCGCGAUGUGCAGAAGCGUCUCUUCGCGGGCGGUGCAUCCAUGAAGAGCGCGAAAGGGGCCGCGGUUGACGGCGACAACAACUCGUUCCUCUCCCUGUCUGGGGGACGCAGAGGACGUAAAGGCGACGCCGCCGCACGCCCCCGCGGCGACGAGAACGGCGAUGACGGCGUGUGCUCGGAGCUUUCCGGCGUGGACGAUGAGGAAGGGGACGAGGAAGAAGACGGUGGCCAACAGGCGAUGCACGUUAUCGACUACGCGCGCGACCAGUCUGGUUCCUUCUUCACCAUGAACGGUGUGACAACGAAUCAAGUCUUCACCGCCGCGUCGAUGUCUGGCGUCAACGAAGGGGAGACCGACUUCAACAACACCUUCAGCGGUGGUGGUGGUGCAGCGGGGGCUACAGCGGGAGGGGCGGUAACGCCAGAGGAGGUCUCUCGCUACACUGCAAGCCCCGAAGCGGCGAUCGCGGCACUGCGGCGGGAACGGCAACGACGCGAGCAGGUGGAGCAGGCACUGCAGUUCCGUGAUCUGGGUGUGACGUUGGACCUGCGCAACGCCAGCACCAUCGAAAAAGAGCUGGCGGCGCUGCAUCAAGAUUUGAACGUGCUGGUCGCGGAGGUUCUUGUGAAGGCGGAUGCGGCGAGGAAGCGGCAGAGCACUCCACCAACGCUGAACCAGCUGCUGGAUCUGACUUUGACCGCCUUUGAGGGUGCAACGAGCACCCCGACCACAAUGCCUGCAAUGGUGCUCGCCCAGCCGUGUCAACGCGACGCAACCAGCUUCAGCUGUUGCAACUUUAUGUAA